UGGGAAACGCUGUAACUUCCUUUUUUACUUGCAAGGCAAUAGUGAAGAAUCCAGAAUGGAUGUCCUCUUUGUAGCCAUCCUUGCCGUGCCACUCAUCCUGGGACAAGAAUACGAGGAUGAAGAAGGACUGGAAGAAGAUGACUAUUAUCAGGUGGUCUAUUAUUACACAGUCACACCCAACUAUGAUGACUUUGGUGCAAACUUCACUCUUGAUUACUCCGUGUUUGACUCAGAGGACAUGCUGAACAGGCUGGAUAAGGAGGAAAUGGAAGCAGUAGAGACUACCAUCAGUCGUGCAACAGACGGUGCAGACCAUCAGAAGCCUGUCACAAUGAAACCAAUGACAACAGAACCAAGUCCAGAUCUGAACGAAGCUGUAUCCAGUCUGCAGAGUCCUGUUCCCCUCCUCCUGUCCUGGGCCCUCGUUCAGGGGGGGAUGUAUUUCAUGUAGAAGGAGCGGGAAGGCUGCUGUGACUCGUUGGAUGGAGAUUUGGGAACAGGAAAUUGGAAAAUCAAUAAAUGAAAUAAUCUCA